UCUGCUUUCUGAGUUCGUUAAAGCUACGUUGAGUAUUUUGGGGAAAUUAUACUGGAGAUAGACAUUCAAUUGCGCCAACGGCGGAGUGGGAAAAAGACAUUUUGACUGAACUUUUAAAGGAGGCAUUCACGAGGACGGCUACAUCCUCUCUUCCUGUUUUCAUCAGCUGGUGUAACUACGACAACCACAGACGCACGUCCCACUCGACCCGCCAGUUCUCUCCCUUUCAACCUGUGCUGGGUCCGGGUCCUGGUUGGGUCCACGUUAUCGCUUUUCCUGACUGAUUCCUGGCACCGAGGUUUUACUUAGAAGUUGCUGGGUGGACGAACAUAAAUGAUGAAGUUUAAGCCAAACCAGACCAGGACGUACGACGGCGAAGGGUUCAAGAGAAGGGCAGCGUGUUUGUGUUUUAAAAGCGAGAAAGAAGACGAGGUGCUACUUGUGAGCAGCAGCCGGCAUCCCGACCAAUGGAUCGUGCCAGGAGGAGGGAUGGAGCCUGAGGAGGAGCCCUGUGGGGCCGCUGUCAGGGAGACUUAUGAGGAGGCUGGUGUGAAAGGAAAGCUUGGUAGGCUACUCGGGAUUUUUGAGCACAAUCAAGACAGAAAACACAGAACUUAUGUGUACACCCUUUUAGUGACGGAGACUCUGGAGGACUGGGAGGACUCUGUCAACAUCGGUAGGAAGAGGAAGUGGUUCAAAGUGGAUGAAGCCAUCAGGGUGCUGCAGAGCCACAAGCCUGACCAUGCAGAGUACCUGCGCACGCUCACAAACACCUGCAGUCCCAACUGCACUCAGCUGUUUAGCCCAACUAAUGGUAACACCCCCAGCUCCCAUGUGACAGACAACAACACACCUCCCUACGUGGUUUGCCCCACACAAGGCUCAGAUCUGGUCAACAGAUAGGACUGUCAGCAGUGCUGUUCCUCUAAGAGGAUAUGAAUAUGGACAUUCAAAGACUUCUGCAUUACUAACACAGCCUCUCAAUAAGGACAGUAUGGACUUCCUUGAAGUUGAACAGUAACCAGUUUCGAGUGGGCUUGAAGAGUGCCACAUUUUUUUCUGGGUAUUUUGAGAUUUUUUAUGUUUUUUCUUUUCUUUUUUUUUUUUUUUUUUUACAAAUAUCAAUGGCUGAUUGAUCAAAUGUGUCCCAGUUAUACGUGUAAAAAGAUUUUCUUAAUGUGCUGCUCAUGCAACACUGAGAUCCUUCUAUUUUUAAAUAUCAGUACACCAUGUGUUUUGGUGGUUUCCUGGAUGCCAGAGCUGGAAAGUUUGCUUUUAGAGGAAGUUAUUUCCCAACUGUGACUCAGUGCCAAAUAAUGCCCAUGUGUGCUGAAUUGAAAAGGAGUAGCGUUUUUCUAUUGUAACAACUGUUUUUGGGAAUAAAAUGAAUGUCACCUCCCUGUGUUUUGCCAAAAAAGAGCUGAGGGCAAAGUCUUAUUUGAUGCAUCAAGUGCUAACAACAUUGAUCCUCCUGUAAGUGACGCCUUAAAAGUACACAGUGAGAAUUAUAUCAGCUUGAGUGCUGAUAAACAAAGCUUGCCUUUGUACCAGAGACGGGCAGUAUUCCACUCUACAAACACAGACUGUGUUGUACAAUGAACAAUUCAUAUUAUCUGAAACAUUAUCAAGAGCAUAUGAAACAACAACAUCAAACAUCAGUGACUGAAAAAACAUUAAUUAGGCCUUUGUUUUAGAGGACAGAUACAUUGUGUUUCAGUCUGGUUAUUGUAACUGCCUUACGAACACAACGGUAAAAUGUAUUUUCUCUAUUUUUACACAUGUGCACCUCACAUAAGGUCUUACAAUCUGCCUUACACACCCUCUGAAACCAGACUCUUUUACUUAUCAACUGUGGGAAAAUACGAAAAUAGGGUUUUGACAAAAACUUGAAAAUGGGGUUAGAAUUGAAUGUGCAGUAUUUAUUAUGCAUUAACUGAAUUUAUUUAUUAGUGUUUCAAUGAGGAAAUACUCCCACACAUAGGAAACUAUGACAGGAAGUCAUGGUCAAUGUGUCAUGGAGGCGGGACUUUAUUUCCAACAUUCAAGAAAAGAAGCCAAAUGAAGAAAUCAGUGAGAUUAAGAGAUCAGUUUGGCUUUGUUUGUCUCUUUUGCCUUAAGAAUAUGUGAAAGAUCAUUCAUAAAUCCAUUAUUUUCUUUUUGUGCAUAUGACUGAAAUUUUCUGCUGCUCAUCAUCACGCUGUAAAUAAAACAUUGGAAUAAAAAAUAAACUAACAUCUU